GGCGCGACGCGCCUGCGUGGUGGCGGCGGCUCGGAGUGCUGUGCUGUGGUGUGUGUGUGUCUGCGCGCGCGUGCGUGUGGAGCUGCUGGGCUCGAGCGUUUUUUUUCCACUGUGAUAGAGGCGCGAGACCCACUCUGAGCCUUCGAGAGGGGGAAAGAGAACGAGUGAAGGGAAGAUUAAACUAAAUAAAAGCGCAUCUAGAGCUUUUCAUCUUUUUUCCCCUCUUUUUUUAUUUCCCCCCUCUUUCCUCCUUCCAAGAUGUCGGUCCCAGCGACAAAGAUGAGUAAAAAAGAGGUGAACUCGAACCAUGAUGGAGCAGACGAGACCUCAGAAAAAGAGCAACAGGAAGCCAUUGAACACAUUGAUGAAGUACAAAAUGAAAUAGACAGACUGAAUGAACAGGCAAGCGAGGAAAUUUUGAAAGUAGAGCAAAAAUACAACAAGCUACGCCAGCCAUACUUCCAGAAGCGGUCAGAACUCAUUGCCAAAAUCCCCAAUUUUUGGGUGACUACGUUUGUCAACCAUCCACAAGUAUCUGCACUUCUGGGAGAAGAGGAUGAGGAGGCACUGCAUUAUCUGACAAGAGUGGAAGUGACAGAAUUUGAAGAUAUCAAAUCAGGUUAUAGAAUAGAUUUUUAUUUUGAUGAGAACCCAUACUUUGAUAAUAAAGUCUUGUCCAAAGAGUUUCAUCUGAAUGAAAAUGGAGAUCCAUCUUCAAAAUCAACAGAAAUCAAAUGGAAACCAGGAAAGGACCUGACAAAGCGCUCCAGCCAGUCACAAACCAAAGUGGGCAGGAAGCGACAGCAUGAAGAGCCAGAAAGCUUUUUUACCUGGUUUACUGAUCACUCGGAUGCAGGUGCGGACGAACUGGGAGAGGUUAUCAAGGAUGAUAUCUGGCCGAACCCCUUACAAUAUUAUUUAGUUCCAGACAUGGAAGAUGAAGAAGGAGAUGGUGAAGAUGAAGAUGAGGAAGAGGAGGAGGGUUUGGAGGACAUUGAUGAAGAAGGAGAUGAGGAUGAAGAGGAAGAUGAGGAAGAGGAGGAGGAAGGGGAAGAGGAAGAGGCAGAGGAGGAGGAAGGCGAAGAUGACUGAUUUGUUUGCUGUUGACAUUCACCUCUUCCCCCUACUUUUUUUCUCUUUAGUCCCUGGGAGCAAGUUGCUGUCUCUUUGUGCUCAGUUUCCUUGUUCUCCUGAGGUCCUUAAACCAUUAUACACAAUUGGGAUGAGUUACAUGCGCAAACUACAGUGGCAAUCUCUUUCUGCCAUUUUCCACGAACUGAUAUGAAUUGUCCUCCAACCAGCUGAUCAGCAGGCAGAUAUCCAUAGUAAUGUGAUUUUUUUUUUACUUUUUAUUUUAACCCCAUCACCACCAACAAACGCAAAUUCCCUCUGCUGGAAGCCCAGAACUUCUCUCUACCUUUUGUGCUGUGACCAUAGAUGAUUUGAAUAGGCUUUUUUCUUACCUGUUCUGGCCCAGAGAUUACACUGUUUCCAUGUAUUGUGGACAAAUAGCAGUUACCAUCAAGUCCUUGUUUCCUUCUCUCUUGUAACAAAUCGGGGUGUGAUUGACGCACCUGAGGUAGAUGCAGCUGGUUGGGUUCUACUGGGUGGGUUUGUUGGGUAUUUUGAGGACGUGGCUGUACUUAGCACGUUGAUGCAUUGUAUAUUUUUACAACAUCCCGUGCAACUAAAGCCAAUACUUUUAAAUAUUAAUCGAUUUGAGCCCCACAGCAGACGGUGACAACCUGUAGAAUCUUAUUGGAAUCUACAUUCUCUAAUGUAAUUUUUUUUUGUUUCACUGGAAAGGAAAAUUGCUCAGUUUUAAACGUUAAAAGUGUACAAGUUGCUUUGUUACAAUAAAACUAAAUGUGUACACAAAAAGUGUGUGGUGAGUUUACUUUUCACCUGGAAUGUUCUGAGAGCUUGUUAUCAAGACAUCUUGAAUAAUUAUUUUAUAACGUUUAGAGGAAAUUCUAUGGAACUGAAGUAAUAUCUGACAUCUGAAGAAGGGUCUUGAUCCGAAACGUCACCCAUUCCGUCUCCAGAGAUGCUGAGUUACUCCAGCAUAUUGUGUCUACCUAAUAUCUGACUGACCGUCCAAAUUGUUGUUUCAAAGUGGCCAUUCCAAAUUUUUUUUUUUGCAUUCAAUAUUCUUUAAAACCAAAUAAGUUACAAAAGUUGAAAACAAGUCGAAAACCAGUCAUGUCAUCUGCUGAAUGUGAUUUUAUUUUUGGUAUUGCAAUUUAAUAUGCAAUUUAUUUAAAUGCAGUAUAGGCAUAAGAGCAAUUAAUGUAUUUGGUCCUACUAUUGUACACUAAGUGUUUCUAGCCUGGUCUGUAUUCAAAUAUAUGUAAACAGCCCAAAUGUGUGUAAUUAGAUUCCUUUUCUGUAUUUAAUAGCUAUUAGAUUGUAACUAAAACAGAAUAAGAUUGCAACUUGGCAUUCCCUUUACUCAAAUGGGUCCAGUGCUGCAUUGCAAGUUUGAUAACCAUAUUCUGCAUUGGACAGUUGGUUAAUUAAUGGUGUCUCUUAAAUUCCAAGAUUUGUUUUGACUUCUAGUUAAGUUUAAGUUGUGUGUUGUCUUGGCAAUAGCUAUAUAUCUGAUGGCUUGUUUUGUUGAUCUAAAAUGCGCCAUGGGUACCAUGCCAACUGCGAUUAGCCCCAUUUUACAGAUUGUGUACAGAUAAUUAUCUGAACCUCCGUUGGGCUUGAUUAUUGAAUUUGAAUUAAUGGUACAAUACAUAUACUGGAUUUGAUGUGUUCUUGAAUACAUUUAUUUCUGGUUAUGUUAUUCGUGGUUUUUUUCAUUUGGGAUUCAAUUAUCCGAUCAGUAAUGUGACACCACUGGGAGCUUAGUUUUCAAAAUCCUAAAUGCAAGUAUUUUAAGCUCAUUUAGUUUAAUUUUCUUGUUGCUAUUUCAUGAAUUUAUUUUUUUCGUACUAAAUAAUAACCAUUUUGAAUUGCUAAUGUGCAGUGAAAAGGUUAGUCUCCGAAUACCAAACUGUUUUGUGGGUUGAACUUGUCCCAAUUCCAUUAAUCCUGAUUCAUGCAGUUUUGGUUGUUUUUUUAUUUUGCGUUGACCUUUUCUCACUUGUUUGACUUUUCAAUUGCUGAGUGGGAAAUUCUAUCACUUGCAUUAACGGUUAUAAAAUAGGCCAUUAUGUAUCGCUAUACAUGCCUUGUUCCUAAACCUUGCCAGAAUGGUGCCCUAAUUUGGCUUUGUAUAUUUGUCCUGAUCUACAUUUCAAUGAAAUUGCAACAGUAUUAUGAGAAUAUCUGCUUAACACCUGCCCAAUACCCCCUUAGACAGUAAUAUAACUGGAGCAACUAAUGAGUUUCACGGGUGCAAAUUAAAUUUCUGCUGGUGUGUAGUAUAUCUUCAGGAGUAUUGUACAUUAGCAUGUUUUUUUCCCCACUGGGGGAUAUACAUUUUUUUAAAGAAUCCUUCAGUUGAGACUGUCUUUGCCACUCUCUUGAAGGAUAAUUGUGGUCAAGCUCCUCAGCAAGCUUUACCAGCCAUUUACCAUUUGUCUUCAUUCGGCAACUUAAUGGAACAAAAUAAUAAUUCGACCACCAGCUAGCAGAAGGGAUAUGUUCCUAUAAUUUAUGGUUCUGGAAGUAUUUUAAUAAAAGAUGGUAUAAAAUUUACUGAUAACCAGAGCUAUCUAGAUUUUUGGAAUUUGUUUACAUGUCUGUCCUGGCAUGUAACGUCUUUUUGCUUGAUGUUCUGGAGAGGAAGGUGUAUAAACAAUAUUUUAGGAUAUUCCACUGGUUUGUAGACACCCAUGUACUGGGGUUUGUUUCACAUGACAGCCUGAGGUGUCGUGACUUCAUCUUUAAAACUUUGUUUUUUAAACAAAUAGUUCUCAUCUGUCCUGUUAUCAACAAUAAAGUUUGUAUACAUGUUUUGCCA